GCUGUGAGUUUGCACCACACAGCACACUGAGCUUAAGGCUGUCAUUUGCAUCCCCUGUAGACAUAGCUUAAGCGUGCAAUAAUAGACCUAGUUGUUUACGUUUUUUCAUCCGCAACCUUAAACAAAAAUGCUGAAAUUACUGUUCAUAAACUGUUUAAAAGCCAUAUGAGUCACACGUGAAGCAGGCGAGGGUGAUAGUGCGUUCAUACUGAUAAAAAGCAGUCCCAUUUCAUGUGCCGAAAAAGGGUAUCGUCAUUGCGGGAAACAGUUGUGCCGUAAGCGGCCAAGCAGCGUUAGAAACUUGGUGCAACCCCACAAGGGGACAAUUUUUCACCCGACCAGGGAAGGGUUGUUAUUGUUGUUGCUUAUCGUGCUGUAGUACCCUUCUGCUCUUGUUUCGCGAAAUUGGCGUGAAAAAUGCGAACGUGUGUUGCGAACGAUAGCACUAUCGGGAUGUUUGCUCUGAUUUCGCGACUUCGGGUGCGUGACGAUUGAGUGCGGAUUUGUUCUGCGGUGUCCGUCAAAACCAGCGCACUAUCGAUUACUUUUUGACGGUCCUCCCGUAGUACGGUGGCAGUGUUUGCAGGUUCGCUUUCAUUCCGGCCGCUAAAGGUGUCACCAGCGGAAUCGGUGUACCGACUCGACCGUCUGUAAAUAGGUGCACCAUCAGUGGGGCGCAGGGGCGCUGUCCUUUGGAUUGGAAAAGGGCGAAGCACGGUAUGAUGCAACGGAACAUCCGCAGCAAUUUGUGUCGGCCCGAGUAGGGUACAAUUUUUCUCGCGCGUGUAAUUAUAUCGCUUAAACAUCGCUCAUCCCCCAAUGCCGAUUCGUACAAAUGUCAAAAUUCAUCUCGCGUCGUGAAAGGAUUGAACAGCGGCAGCGAAAGUGUUGGACAAGUUGAAGCGAACCAGCGGGUGGUGACUUUCGUGCAAGCGAUUGGCAAGACGACACCGCGCACUGGUGUGGGGGGCAAUAUUCUUUCACGCUAUUUCUCUUAUUUUCGGUCCAAAGCGAACGGGUGCGACCGAGCAAAGCGAGCAAAGUAAAACCGAGAUCGAUACCAGUCGGGUGAACGAAAUCGCGCGCAACCGGCACACUUUCGGAAGAGUUGUGUGUGAUUCCACCCCGUCACAAGCUACGCCAUCCCUUUGUAGAAGUCACACCGGACCGGAGCAGCAGCAGUAGUAGUAGUAGUACUAGUGCCGAGUUUGCUGGAGUAAAAGGAAAAAGACCGUCACUAAUGAUAGGUCUUGGUGGCGCCGAUUGACGAGACACGGCUCGCAUCCAUUCGAGAAACGCGCGGAAGGCUUUUCCGCGCUUACGGCAUACGAAGCGGAAAAACGGUACCGCUCACCCCUCGCGCCGAAAAGGAGGACGAAGAAAACAGAACAAACUUAAUAAGGCUUCGAUUGAAAACAACGCUACAAACCAUUGGGCGGUGCGAAAAGUGCAUGUUGAGGGAAUAGCGGCAGCAAACGCGUGUAUGCAAAAAUAGUGCACCAGUCCAAUCAAUCAAAGUGAUCGGGGUGAACGAGUGUGUUUGUCUGUGUGUGGUGGAGUGUGUUGCGUGAAGAAAAGUGAGUGAGUGGAGCAAUAACGUAGAAGCAGGGGGAAAUUAAUAAGCCUUUCCGUUAUUCAACUUCCGCCUAUUCCCAUUGUUACCGUGUACGUCGUUGUGGAAAAUUUGCACUGUUCAAGUGCAACUAUUCCAGUGCCAGUAAUUCACACAGUUCCUUUAACGGUUGUGCUUAAAAAAAAGCUUAAAAAGGCAACAAAACGUCCUGGAAAACAAACCCCGAAACAACCCAUCGUAGGAGCCGCAGGAAGAAAAUAGCAGUAUUUGGCCCCCACCCCGGGCGGCUACUGGUUUCGUCAGCACAGGACGGGUCAGCAUAGUUCAAUUGGCUACCGAGAGAACGAACGAAUGACGGGAGGGGUGGGCAGCAUCUCAUCCACGUUUUGAAGUUUGCUCGUCACCACGGGAUCUUAUGAAUGUGGGUGCCUUUUAGCAGACGGCCAAAGCGCUAGUGCAUCAGUAUCAGAGAGAGAGAGAGAGUGUGAGAAGCCGUGUUUAGUGUUCUAUGCGCGCUUCCUGCUUUACUGCUGCCGUCCGUGUGCCAAUGAGCGAGCUCCCCAAUUGUAAACGAGUAAUUUAAAUACAUGUUUUCGUAGAGUUUAAACAUGUUGCUCGCUCAUGAUUACAACAGUAGGCGCUCUUCGGUAGCAUCAUCCCAGUCUCGCAACAUCCGUAGCACAGUACUGAAAAAUAUGUUCAAAAAGAUAGCCCUCACGCGGUCAGCAAUGAAGAAGGUCGUCGUGGUGGGAUUUAUCAGCAUCCUGGGAAGCUUCCUGCUGCUGCUGUACUGGAACGACAGUUCCGAGUCGCCAAAACCGUCGACAUCGAUGUCGAUGGGUAUCUACAAUACGCACAUUUACGGAAGUUUGGAAAGUGCGACGGGCAACGGUGAUAACGUUCGUGCCAGUACCAUCCCUGUAAAUCCCAUCGAACGUUCGUGGACGUACAAAUGCGUCAACAAUCGAUGCGUGCGGCACCAUUUCGUGGAUGGCGUGGAAGAGGACUUUGAAACGAGCAAUAACGCACACCAGCCCCAAUCGCCCCAGCAGUCCCAUGGUGGUGGUAUACCCGGUGGAAGCAGCAGCAGCACGAACGCUGGCAGCUCAUCCAGCGGUAAACGGAUACCGCACCUAACCUGCACGAUGACCUGCGGACCAAUCAAUAUCUGGCCCCAACCGACCGGUGCCACAACGAUCGGUAGCAAAACGUCACGCUUUCGGCUGUCGGACAUGCACGUCAAAAUCGUGACCCGGUUCGAACCGGUCGAAAAGCUGCUGCAUGAAGCGUACGACGUGAUGCGGUCCGAGAUCCGUGGUGUGAUGGUAGCGCAUGGUGCUACCCUGGAGGAGAUCGAAGGUGCACUACCGGCCGGUACCGUACCCGCUGGUAUGCAGCCACCGGCAGCCGACCAACGACCGGGGGCAACGGAAGUGAACGAUGCCGCAACGGUUGGAAGACGACCGAGCAGCAGCAGUACGAUUGAUGCUGGAGUAGGAAAGAUUCAUUUCUUUAAGCUCGUAAGCGACAAACGGUACGAUGUGGAUGCGUUCGAGGUGAACGUCCACGUGGAAAAGUCAACCGAUACGCAUCUGACGUUACACACGGACGAAAGUUACAACAUGACGGUGACACAUUCUGCCAGGGUGUUGAUCGUGAAAAUUUCGGCAAACACAUUCUUCGGUGCGAAGCACGGUCUUACAACGUUACAGCAGUUGAUCUGGUUCGAUGACGAAGAGCGUACACUGAAAGUAUUGAACAAGGCGUCCAUUGAGGAUGUGCCAAAAUUUAAUUACCGUGGCCUUAUGCUCGAUACCUCCCGGCACUACUUCUCGGUGGACUCGAUCAAGCGCACGCUUGUCGGCAUGUCACACUCGAAGCUGAAUCGAUUUCACUGGCACAUUACGGACUCGCAGAGCUUCCCACUAGUCUCCAAACACUAUCCGCAGCUGGCCCGCUACGGUGCAUACUCCGAGCGUGAAGUCUACACACCGGACGAUGUACGAACGCUGGCAGCAUUUGCCAAGGUUCGUGGCAUUCAAAUCAUCCCGGAAAUCGACGCACCGGCACACGCCGGCAAUGGUUGGGAUUGGGGCCCCAAGCACGGUCUCGGUGAGCUUAGUCUGUGCAUCAAUCAGCAACCGUGGAGUAACUACUGCGGUGAACCACCGUGUGGUCAGCUGAACCCGAAAAACAACCACACCUACCUGAUCCUGCAGAAACUGUACGAAGAGUUGCUGGAAAUUGUGGGCCCACUGGAUUACUUCCACAUCGGGGGCGAUGAGGUGAACCUGGAAUGCUGGCAGCAGCACUUUAACGACUCCGACAUGCGUACGCUGUGGUGUGAUUUUAUGCUGCAAGCAUACCAUCGUUUGCAGCUGGCCAGCGGUCAGAAUGCGACGGCACCACGGAUGGUCGGUGUGUGGUCGAGCGGGCUCACCAGUGCACCGUGCCUGUCGAAAAACACGUUCGCCGUACAGGUGUGGGGUGGUAGCAAAUGGCCCGAAAACUUCCAGCUCAUCAACAGCGGGUACAGCUUGGUCAUAUCGCAUGUAGACGCAUGGUAUCUGGACUGUGGCUUCGGUAGCUGGCGAUCGACCGGGGAAGGUGCCUGUUCACCGUACCGCAACUGGCAGACGGUGUACAAGCAUCGUCCGUGGGAGGAGAUGAAACUAACCUCGCUCCAGAUGCGUCAGAUAUUGGGCGGUGAGGUGUGCCUGUGGACGGAACAGGUGGACGAAUCGAUACUCGACUCGCGCCUAUGGCCACGUGCAUCCGCCCUUGCCGAACGGUUGUGGACCGAUCCAACCGAGGAGCGGUACAGUGAAUCGGUUCCGCUCGAGGUGUACAAUCGGAUGUCGGUGUUCCGGAACCAUCUGCUCGAGCUGGGACUGCGGGCGGAACCGAUCUUCCCGAAAUACUGCGCACAGAAUCAGGACGAGUGUGUAUGAUAUUACGUGAACCCGUUCUACUAGAUUGUGAUCACGGUAUGCUCGGUACAGCGCCGUCGUAAAUGGCAUUGUGGUUGUGAUACUUUGACAAAAGGGGUCUUCUAUACGCUCCAACAGUACACCUGGCACGGAAUGUGUGGGAUCUUUGACUAAUCGCCUUUCGGUUUAUCUCGUGCCGUCAACCGACCUUUUCUUGACAAGUGUAGGGUAGGGUAUUUGCGUACCAAUUUGGUAGAGAAACAAAAAAAUGCAACGCAAGCAAAACGGGAACAUAUAUUUAGAAGAAGAAAGAGGAAGAAACACGCUUGAAACUCAUGAUAUUACACGAUGACCAACAAUCAUGGAAAGAUGUGCACCCAUUACACACACUUUCUUUUGAGAUGAAGCGAGUGGAGUAUUUGUUUGUUUGUUAGAUAUUUAUGAAACGAAGCGCAAAGUCGAUCGAACGAGCGAGAAACCAUGCAAAGCAAAGUGAAAUGUAAUUGUAAAUAGUUUGUAAAUGAUGAUUAGUGUGUAUGGUAGAUACUUAUUUGGAGGUUUCACUCUAGGCAAAAGCAAGAAAAAUAUAACCUACUGCACCCGUAGUAUUUAAAGAUGAUGAUAAGAAUGGUAGUACACGAUAAUAGGUUCGCACUUAUAGCAGAAACAUCAUUAGUUUGGUACUCUUUCUUACAACUUAGGAAAAUAAAGCAUUAGUAGGGAUUUAACACACUUAUAAAAUCACACUGUACCCGGAUUUAGUGACAAAGGUUGUACGUUCAAUAGAGAAUGAACACAUUAGAAAAAGAAACCCGAAUAUAAUAAGCAGUGAUUGAUUCAUACGAACGAAAGGAAUCGUUUAGAAAAAAAAAGAGUUUCUCCCAUUAAUUGCUUUCGGUAUGCCUCCUUUUCCAUUAUCAUACCUCAAAACGAUCCUAGAACUGCAUAGGACAAAAUGGUCGGUAGAUAGAAGAAAGUAUUUGCUCGCAUGUACUUACACGAUUCGAUACGAAUCGUUGACAUUAUGGUAACACCAUGCGCACGAUGGCGAAGCGAAAUGACCCGUUACACAAUCAUACACACUCAGGCACUAGAUUUGCAUGUGAGUUAGGCAAAUAAAAAGCCAUUCGUUUCAUACUAGUGCGAACCGUUUUGGGGGGGCACGCACGAUGACCCACUUAUAAAGAUCGAGCUUGUUUAAACGUAAACGUGCGCAAUGCGUCUAAUUUCACUCAAACUCUAUCUCUUUCUCAAUAUAUCUGUAGACGAUUUCGUAGUUUAAGUAUUUUUGUUUUUCCGUCAUUCACUAGCCUUGUGUUGUGAAUAGUGUUUGAGAUUAAAGCCGUUAGAGAUAUCUAAUACGUGUUAUUCCGUUUGUUGUUAGCUGUUGUGCUAAGUUUUUGGCAAACUAGCCAUACGAAGAAGAGGGGAAAAUACCAAGCUUCCGCACGGUUUUCGUUUUGCCAAACGUAAUAUUUAAAAUAUAUCAACACCACACUCUCUCACGUACACAGCAAACAGGCGCCGCAUACUCGACAACCGUUCGUCCUGUAGCUAGAGUGCACUGUGGCAAGCAAGUAAAUUAAAUCUAGUAAAAGAAAGUUAGUCCGAUAGCUAGCGCAAAAUACACACUGAAAAAAUGAAACUUGUCCAUUGUCCGACGACCAAAAUGCCUGAUACUCAUGCGAGCGGAUAUAGCGGAUUGUUUUUUGUACAUAAAAAUGCCACUCACUACAUCCUAUUCGCCCCUCCCGAUUCGAAUGCAAACGCAAACAGUGUUCCAUGCAAUGAUGCUAAAAACAAAACAAUGCUGUUCGUUUCCCCUCCCCGAGCGGUUACUAUACGAAAUUUAAUUCAGAUAGACAUUUUUUAUACGGUAGCGCAGCAGUGAUGUUAUUAGGUGAAAUGAAGGAACACAACAAACAAGUGAAAAGGAAUGAAACGCUGCCACGUUUCCGAAGGAGAGCCAUAAAUUCGUAGCUGAUAUUUAACUUAAGCAAGCAAUCAAUCAAUUGCACCGGUUCCCCCAUACAUACCGUCUUGGUUAGAAUUAAUCCGUUACAGAAACUUUGCCACCCCCGGGGUCCCGAAAUUAUAACCACAAAACAAGUUAAUGCUAAAACAAACAUGUGCAAAAACCCGAAACAUGUAAACGGUACAUUAUAAUAAGAGCAAACAAAAAUCACAUCACAAACAAAUGGCAACAAAAACAAAGUAAAAUUAGCUAAUUUGCAAUUGUGUUUGCUUGUGCGUGUAAGAAAAAUGUGUGACUUUUGUGUUUCGUUUGUCAGGUUUCGGGUAACCUGUUGAUUUCAACUGCUUCAGUGAGACAAAAAGUACAAGUGAUAAAACCAUAAAUAGUAGAAGCGUUUGUUUUUUGUUUGGUUGUUUUUUUUUUGCAAAAUGUACCUUUUUUUUGUUGAUGUGAACAGGCAAAGCAAAGCUAUUUACAUGUUGCGAGAUAUAUAUGGUCGGGCUGGUGGCUCUCUUUAUAUUAGUUCCGGUUUGUCUCUUUAUUGGUAGCGUAAUAAAAGAAAAGAUCUAUGAUAA